AUCACGCAUCACUCAAUCGCUACUCGAACCUAAUAACUAGUACUACUUGACUUAGUAUCGUCAAAGUCUAUCGUUUCAGAGAAACCGCAAUCCCUAAUACCUAAACAACACCACACCAAAACAAAUUCUCAACAACACAACUAUCAAGAUGCGCGCUUCAGUCUACGUCUCCGCUCUCACUCUCGCCGUCGCGUCGGCCCAGAGCAUCACCGGUACCUCGUCAGUUGGCCCUUCUGUCGACCCGGCUCCUCAGACUAGCUACCUCGCCAUGACCAACUCUCUCGGUGUCGUAACUGGCAUGCCUGCCGCUGCCACCAACGUCGGCACCCAGCCCGCCGUUGUCACAUCUCAGCCUGCUGUCGUCACUGCUCAGCCAGCGCCGGCCGACAUCCCCGCCGUUGGCCCCGGUGUCCACACUCUUACCCUCGCUGGUACCGGCACUGGCUCCAUGGUCAACUCGACCCGCACUGUCACCGUCAGCGCAAACAACAGCACCACCGUCCAGCUCGUCGCCUCGCCCACCAGCUCCGACGCUAUGGCUACCGGUUCCGACGGCGCAACUCGCAGCCGUGCCUCGGGCGCCACAGGAUCUGGUGCUACUGGCACUGGCAAGCCUGCCGCGACUGGCGCUGCUGCCAACGUCAAGGCUGCCGCUGGUAGCAUUGUCGGCUUCGGUGCCCUCAUGGCUGCUUUCUUGUAAAGCACUCUUCAUUGUUAAUGUUUUCACGGUUCAGUUCUGGGUAUGAGAAGAUUUGGUUAAAGAAUAAUGUCCUUGAGAUACCUUGGGUCCCUGCAUCAGCAAUGCGUUACGCGCUCUGCAUCGGAAAACCUGCAUAUACAUUGCGGUUUUUCUACCGGCGUCCUGGCACUGGCUUGUGUUGGACUAUGUUUGGAUUAAUGUUUGUUAUAGGAGGCCUCGAUGAAUAGUCGGCCUCCAUCAGUGUCUUUUGUGUACACUACAUAAUGAAAAAGCAAUUCAAAAACAUUGAAAAACAAACA